AUAGAGCACGUGAAGGCAUCAGUUGGUCAACGUGCGUCAGUGUCUCCGCCCUGACGGUCAGUGACAGCUCGAGCUCCCUCACCAGCAGAGAACAGACGCGACGAAGCGGCACAGUCCCCUGCUAACAUGAAGGACAACAGUUUGCCCCGAAUUGUAGUUAUUACCUUGUGUACGGUGGUUUUUAUUGCCGUUUUAAUUGUUAACGCUUUGGCUGGAGCGGGAAGGGGUCCUUUCCAUUCCUCCAUAGCUAAUGUGUCAGGCCGCUAUGAGACGGACAUCACUCCAGCUGGCUGGACCUUCUCUAUCUGGGGCGUUAUCUACACCUGGCUCACCCUGAUGGUCAUAUACAUGCUGACAUAUGUAUUCAGAGGAUCCUGGGCUCAGUGUCUGCUGCCCUACACCUUCUAUUUCUUCUGGCUGGCCAACAUGGUGAUGAACAUGAUAUGGUUGCUGCUCUGGGAUAGAGAGUUGAUGCUUGCUUCUCUGGUUGUGUUAAUCCUGAUGGUGAUUUCCAACUACAUUGCUUUGUUCUGCUGUUGCUUUGCCACAGAUUACUAUGGACUCUGGUUACAGACGUACCAUCGCAAAGACCUGGUGGCUCUCAGAAUACUGGUCCAGAAUGGUUUGGCUCUCUACACCACAUGGAUCUCCAUCGCUUCUCUGAUCAACUUCUCAUUGGUUCUCCAUCUGUGGGGUGUGGGCAGGAGCACAGCAGCAACAGCUUCUCUCUGCAUCCUGUUUGCUGAGGUGGUGGGAUGGUUCCUCCUUGAGAACUGGCUGCUGGACCGCUGGGUGCGUAACAUCCUGACAGUGUACCCGGUGGUGAUCGUGGCUCUGGUUGGAAACGUCUUCAAACAUUUUAACCCAGCUGAUCCCACUCCCAACUCUGUGUUUAUGGUUGUACUGCUGGUGUUGGCAUGUGUGCUGCUGGUUUCCCGACUUUGCACCAUCAUCUGGAGAAACACAUGGCGGCCUCUCCACUCCCCAGGCUCGGCCCGGCUCAUGGUUUCACCCCUUGAUGGCAGAACAUUCAAGAUAUUUACUUAAACAACAGGAACUUGUGAAGUAGCUGCUGUGCCACUGCUGCCUUUAAACUCUUUAAAUUCCAUUUCCUCACAAGAUAGUGCAAUGCUCCACGAGGCUUUACAGUCAUGAAGGUGUUCAGCUGAAAGCUUGAAAGUGUUAAGAGUCUGUAACUCUCCUCUUGUCUCCUAUCAAUCUGCAAUUAAGACAAUGCUACACUUUAUUCAAAUAAACUACUAUAACUGUUUACCACUUCUUGCCAUUAAUCUUGUCUAUAUGUAAAGUACUUUUCAUACAAAUACAUGCAUGUGAUUUGAUCAUCAUGUUGUGUAUUGCUAUUUUGAAGGAGUUUUAUUGUUGCAUAUUAUGGCUUUUUUUUAAUUGUGUAUCCAUUCAGUGAUGAUAUAUGUUGGCUUUUAUACAGUCCACUUUGAACUUUGAGCUAAGAGUGUUGUUGAAUACAUUCUCAUUUGCCAAUUAAAGCAUUGUUUUUCACAUCUAA